AUGGUGCAGAAAUGUGGUAGAUUGCCUUUGGCUUUGAAAGCACUUGGGAGGGCCUUGAAGGGAAAUCGAAAUGGCGAUAAAUGGGAGGAGUUGUUGAAGAGUGAGAUAUGGGAUAUAGAUGAUGGAAAUAAGAUUCUUCCGGCUCUAAAACUAAGCUACUAUCAUCUCCCUCCACAUCUGAAGCAGUUGUUCGCAUAUUGCUCUUUAAUUCCCAAGGACUAUGUGUUUGACAAAAAUAAAUUAGUUCAAUUGUGGGUAGCAGAGGGAUUUUUGUCCAAAUCAAAAGGAAACAAGUCAAUGGAGAAUUUAGGUCAUGAGUAUUUUGAAGAGCUAAAGUCAAGGUCCUUUUUUCAACAAUCAACAAAUGACGAAUUAGGAUAUACGAUGCAUGACCUGAUAAAUGACUUGGCCACAAGUGUUGCAGGAGAGUUUUCCUUUAGAUUGGAUGGUGAGGUGGAUGUAUCUGAUAUGAAUGAAGCUUUCGAUAAAUUUCGUCACUUUUCACUUGUAGGUCCAAGAUCUGGAUCAUACAGAAAGCUUAAUGAAUUACAUAGAGCUAAACACUUGCGAACUUUCUUAGUCAUGUCAGUUGGUUUCGAAAACAAUGGGUUUUUGGACAAGGUUCUUCUUGAACUACAAUUCCUGAGGGUGCUAAGUGUCGUGGGCUUGAAUCACAUGUACCAAGGUAGUAAGAUAAUCACGAAGGUACCAGAAUCCAUUGGUAGUCUCAAGCAUCUACGGUACCUUAAUUUUUCUUGUACUGAAAUCACAAGUUUACCGGAAGAAGUGAGUGACCUUUAUAAUCUACAGAGCUUGUUGGUUCAUGAUUGUGAUGAGUUAUCUAGCUUACCAAAAAGUUUUGCAAAGUUAAUAAACAUGCGACAUCUUGACGUAAGUAAUACUCCGAAAUUGAACAGGAUGCCCUUAGGGCUCGGUGGGUUGACGAGCCUGCAAACUCUAACCAAGGUCUUUAUUGAAGAAGGUGACAGGUUCAACAUAUCCGACCUUAAGGGCCUAACUGAUCUUCAAGGCCGACUUUCGAUUAAGGGGCUGGACAAAGUGAUAAAUCCAGUUGAAGCAAAGGAUGCCAACUUACAUCAAAAGAAAGGUCUUGAUGUUUUAGUGAUGGAAUGGAGUGAUGUCCUUUAUGCUUCUCGGGAUGAGAUGAUUGAAUAUGAAGUACUUAAUGAAUUAAGGCCUCCUCCCAAGUUAGAAAACCUCGACAUUCUGAAUAACAAGGGAACGAGAUUUCCAAGUUGGGUCGGGGAUCCCUCGUUUGAUCGGUUAACAGAGAUUACUUUAUGUGGUUGUAGAAGUACACAUUUACCAACACUUGGAUGUUUACGGUCUCUUAAGAAAUUGAUUGUUGAAAGCAUGAAUGAGGUGAAGACCGUGGGUUUUGAGUUACUUGCAUCCACUGCUUCUUUUCAUGGCAUCGCAUUUCCAUCCCUUGAAUUUCUGAAAUUUGAAGAUAUGCUAAGUUGGCAGAGAUGGUCGAUUAAUAGUGGCAACGACCAUAGGACUCCUAGAUCAUUUCCUUGUCUUCAUGAGAUCUCUAUAAGCAGUUGUCCUGAACUAGCUCAAGUGUCAAUCGGAUUGAUACCUUCACUUCGGGUUUUAUCUAUAACACGAUGUUCCAAUGUAGUGUUAAGAACCAUGGUUGGUUUGUCCCCGUCACUUAUUGAACUGAAAAUGUUGAAUGUUAGAGGACUUACCCAACUACAUGGAGAAGAUUUACUGCAUCUUAGGGCACUUGAACAUCUAUAUAUUCAUAGCUGUGAUGAACUGAGAUACUUGUGGGAACAAGAAUCAGAGGCAUGCAAGAGUCUUGUGAGUUUACAGAAGUUGGAAGUAUGGUAUUGUAAGAACUUGGUUUCAUCUGCCAAGAAAGAGACUAAUAUUGGGAUCAGCAUGGAAUCACUUAAAUCUGUGAAAUUUAUUAAUUGUGAGACAUUGGAGAGUUACAAUUGUACAAAUACUGUUGAGAUGCUGUAUAUUAGUAGAUGUGAUUCAAUCACAUCUUUGACCUUCUCAGCAGUGCAGGAGCAGCCAUCCUCUCUUACUGAACUGAUAGUCGGUGAUUGUGAUAACAUACGAUUACAACCCAAACCCUUUCCAGCAAAAGACUUCAGUUUGUCUCGCCUAACAUCUUUUGAUAUCUGUUUUUGCAAAAAUCUAAAGUCAUUUCCUUAUGAGCAUUUUCAAAGUCUCACAUCUUUGGGAUGCCUGUGGAUACGAGAUUGUCCAAGUAUGGACUACUCCUUUCCUUGUGGGGUGUGGCCUCCUAAUUUAAGCAAAUUAAGGAUAGGUGGCUUAAAUAAGCCCAUGUCAGAGUGGGGUCCACAAAGUUUUCCUACCUCACUAGUUGACCUAUGGUUAUUUGGCGAAAAUUCAGGAGUGGUUUCAUUUGCAGUGGCAGACGAUGUGAGGAAUACUACUACUACUACUACUCCAUCAUCAUCUGCUUUUCUUCUUCCACCAUCUCUGGUUUCUCUUCAGCUCAUUGGUUUUACAGAUGCGGAAUCAUUUCCAGAGGUCUUACAACACCUCCCCUGCCUUAAAACACUUAAUAUUUGGAAUUGCCCAAAGCUUGGAGAUCUUAAGACCAUUUACAACCCAUCAAGUGUGACAAUAUUGGUGUGGUAG